AUGUCGACAGUGGUUUCGGGCAUAAUAUGCUGGCUUUUCAGCCCAGAAUUCAGACACAACAAAAACAACAUCACCAUUACGAAUGAUCACAAAAGGUCAUGCUAUCACAAGAACGGCCUACAUGCAUUCGAUCAAGUAAAAAAGUUGGCUCAUGGCGAAAAAUGGGUGAACUUCGCUAUGAUCCGUGAACCGGAAGAGCGCUUCCUCAGUGGAUUUAUGUUUAUGUGUACACCAAACAACACUGCUAAUAGUACAUGUGAAGGUUGCAUUGAUGACAUUCGCUGCGCUCUGCGGACCGUGAUCGAGCAGGCUCGAAGGUUUAUCGCCGGAGACUUUUCUGCGAGGACCUACCUCUUAUGGCAUCUUGGACCACAGAACUGGCGCUGCCACUUCCAGAAGAAUAUGGAUAAUAUAAGGAUAUUCAAAUAUUCCCCUCGCGACCAGCAAAAGACCCUCACAGAUCUCACGAUGGUGCUAACAGAAGGUGGUGUUAAGAGUGCGGACAUCGACUUCAUCAUAUCUCACAUAUCACGUCAUAGCACCAGACAUGCUACCUACCGCAAUACUCGAGCCGAUUAUUUUAGGAGGCAGUUAAAGAAGCUUCAAAUGCAGAAGAUGCUCGUAGAGCUUCUAUACUGGGAUUAUAUUCUAUUCGACUAUCCCCUUCCAGCACUUCAUGAAAGCCAACUGUUGCUUCCUCUGAAGAAAACACUUCUGAAUCGUGAAGAAUAA